UUGAAUUCCAUGCACAAUCAGUCAUGAGGAGAGAAAGUCCAGAUCCUCUCUUCAUGCUGCACGGCAGCAAUGCACCAAUCUCCGCUGUACACUUCUGGAAUCCUGGAGAGGGCAGCAAGUGGAAGCUGCUGUCAGGUACAGCGCAGGGAAAGAUUCAUAUAUGGGAUGUGGAGUCACGGCGGUCUGAUGUCAUUCUGUCUACUGCUCAUGGAAAGGGAAUCCUGUGGUUAGAGGGACUAGACUCCAACAGCUUCCUUAGUCAGUGUCGAGAUGGAGAACUUUCUAAGUGGACACUGGAGGCAGCUGGCUGGCAGUCUAAAUGUAUCGGAAGAACCGGCGUCGGAUUCUGCGGCAGCAGUCGCUCAGGUUCGCUGCUCGCUAAACCCGCUGCAGACGACCGCAGCUUCGAGCUCAUUGACCUGACCUCCGGCAAUGUCGCGCAGACGUUCCGCGCCGGCGACGACGCUGGAAUGCCGAUGUGCGUCGCGCUGCGGCGCCGCGACAUGACCGACGCACCAGUGCUGUUUGCCGGCUACGAGAGCGGGGAGGUGCGCGCGUGGGACGCGACGGGACGUGGUGAGGUCGGGACCUCGCUGCGACCUCACCGCGACCCCGCGCUGGCGAUGGAUGUCGACGCGACGCUGAGGGGCGUGUCCGGCUCCGUCGAUGAGGCGCUGCAGGGGUGGCGCCACCACGAGGGCCGCCUGGUGGACGGCGGCAGUACUACGAUGACGAGCGCGGGCGUCGGUGCCGUCACGAUUCGGGACGAUCGCGCGAUUGUCGCCGUGGCGCGGUGGGACUCACACAUCUCUGUCUUCGACUGGAAGAAGUUCAAGCCGCUGGCCGUGUUGGCCUGCCACCAGGAGGCAGUGCAGUGCUUGGAUUUUCGGACAGCUAGCGUGGAACCGCAUUUACUAGUGGCGGGCUCCAAGGACACCCUACUUUCAGUCUGGCAGCUGUACUAGACAUAGAGUAAAGGGUGCCUUUGUGCGUGUGCAAGAAUAUCAUAGGAGCUUAUGAGUGAUGUGCAUAGACAAAAUAACGGUGGAGUUUAUAAACAUGUAUGUUACUGUUAGUGCCCGAUUGAGAAGUGGUGACAUGGUGUUGAGAUGAAUUGUUGAUUUUCUCAAGAGUUAAAAUUAAGAUAAGAUAAGAUAAGAUAAGAUACCCAUCGGUAUGUGGCAAAAUACAUAACAUGAGCUAUACAGCUCUUUGACCGAUAUCAAACAAUGGUAGAAUAACAGUAGUUUAAAAACAGUAUUAAGAAUUUACAAAAUAAAAACAAUAAAAACAAUUACAAGCUGACAAAUGAGACACAGCAAUAAGAUAAAAUAAAAGUAAUUACAAGUGUGAAGUGAGACAGAAGGCCUGUACACAAAAAUGCCUGUAUGCCGGAAGAAAUUAUAGUAAUUUACAUAGAGCACACCGGCAUUCUGUACCAUUCCACGUAUUUAUAAGUUUUUUAAACACCUUAGGACUUUCACUAUCGCGUAAACAUUGUGGUAGUUCAUUCCAUAGGUUGGCACCAUAGUAACAAAAACUUUUUUUCCCAUAUGUUACAGUUAUAAGACGUGGGACCUUUACAUUUUUACUGCGUAGAUUAUAACAAAUAUCUUUGGGUGAGAUCAAAUUUGACAGAUAGGAUGGACAGUGUCUGGUUAGGAUCUUGUAAACCUCUUUAGCAAUCUGUCUUUGUCUACGUAGGCCUAGUGAUGUAGACACGUCUUUCAAAAGGAGUGAUUCAUAAUCACUGCUAUAGUCUUGAUACACAUGGCGUAGAGCACGGCAGUUUAACUUUUCCAACUUUUUACUGUUGGCUUCACUACAAAAAUGCCAUAUAAUGGGACAAAAAUUACAAUUUGAUUUGAUGAAGGACUGGUAAAUUAUCUUCCUACAACUAGUAGGUAUGUACCUUCCAAUGCGUCGCAGCACAUUGAUUUGCCUAGCGGCUUUUUUACAAAUAUUUGAUAUGUGAACAUAAAAAUUUAACAUGUAAUCGAGGGUUACACCAAGUAGUUUAACAUCAUCACUACACUUUAUGUCAGCACCCUGAAUACUGAAGGUAGGAUUCCUAUUGUGGGUAUCUUUACCCACUGCGAGGCCUUGAAAUUUGCCUGGAUUGGCCUCCAUCUGGUUUUCAGAAAACCAGUCAACAAGAACCUCAGCCUCCAGGGUCUCUUUCAUAACAUCAAAGUCUUUGUUUGCGUAAGUAAUUGUGUUAUCAUCUGCAUAGUUAUACAGUGUUGUUUUAUGAAUGAAAUAAAAUAUAUCAUUUA